AUGAAAAGACAACAAGACAGAGAUUCCCCUGUUAAAAUAAAACGUUCUCACUCGUCUGUGUCGCGUUAUGACGAUAGCCCUAGAGAUCGAUCGUCUCCCGAUCGCAGAGAUAGACGUGUUGCCAAUAAAUCGCCUAAUGAUCAAAGAAGGGGAAGGACGAGGGAUUCAUCUGCGGAACGUGGUGUGACCAUUAACCGAUCUGGGAAUGCUAUGGGUCGGGAUUCGUACGACGAUUACUCCCGGAACAUCAAAUCGGAACGUGGGCCACCUCCGAUGUCCAAAGUUCUGUGUGUUUCAAACUUAAACCACAAAGUGGGUGACGCACCUGUUCGUGAUGCGUUGCUUCGUGAAUUCAACAGAUUCGGUGAUGUAAAUGUAAAAAUAUUUCACAGUGGAAACGAGCGUGUCGCGUAUGUGUAUUUCAGAACCUUCGAAGAUGCUCGUGAUGCCCGCCACGCUAAAGCAAGGCUUGUGUUGUUCGAUAAACCCGUGCAAAUGGAGCCCAUGUUUGACAGGGGAUUGUCCAAUAGGAGGAACAGGAGCAUCAGCCCUGAUUACGGUGGAAUACGUGGCGUUUCACCGGCUCAUUCUUCGGCUAGUAAUAACAGCAUGGGGCGUCAUGCCCUGGGUUCUGCUAGACAAAAUGCCGUAGACAGGAAUCCGGGCUAUUCUCAUCCUCGCGAUGGGAUGAGGCGAGACAUGCACAAUGAUUUCCAUCAUCAUAACAUUCAUCGCCGAGACGAUUCUAAGAAAGAAAAAUUCCCCAAUUACUUACAUCACGUGCCUCCCGAAGAAGAUGACAAAGCCACGAGAACGUUAUUUGUCGGAAACUUGGAAGUUACCAUAUCCGAGGCCGAACUCAGGAGGAUAUUUGAAAGAUACGGUGUCGUUGAAGACAUUGACGUCAAAAGGCCCGCUCCGGGCCUGGGCAAUGCUUAUGCUUUCAUUAAGUUUUUGAACCUGGAUAUGGCUCACAGGGGAAAAGUCGAAAUGUCGGGUCAAUACAUCGGGAAAUUUCAGUGUAAAAUUGGUUAUGGAAAAGCUACUCCAACUACUCGCAUUUGGGUUGGUGGUUUAGGCCCGUGGACAUCAUUGUCACAUUUGGAGAGAGAGUUCGAUCGCUUCGGUGCCAUCCGUAAAAUCGAUUUUGUUAAAGGUGAAAAUCACGCUUACAUUCAAUAUGACAGCAUUGAUGCUGCCCAGGCGGCCUGCCAAGAAAUGAGAGGAUUUCCUCUUGGUGGUCAAGACAAAAGAUUGCGUGUGGAUUUCGCUGACCCCGGGCCGUACAACAGCAAUUAUCGAUCUCCAUCUCGGACCGGUUUUCCUGAGGAGGAGGGAUACGUCCUCCCCUCUGCCGGCAAAAGACAAAAUUUCAGAACCGAGGUGCCGCCUGCCACUGACGAUUAUUACGGAACCCUCGAUAAUAGUUGGUCCAGAAAUAGUUUGUACGAUAAUCAAUCUUACGAUCCGCUGUACGAUAGGUCACCAAAGUUUCAAGGACGAGAGCCUUGGGGUGUGUCGGAACACGAGGAGCGUCAUGAUUAUCGCGGAUGGAACAACCGUAAUCAUCAAGGAUGGUGGGAUGACCAUCCUAGAGGAGCUAGAAAUGAAAACCAGGACAGAAGGAAGCGUGGUAGAUCGCCUGAAAUGGAUGAUCCAACACGUGUUGGUCAUGAUAUGUAUUAUAAAAGACCCCGCUCCCGUAGUCCGGAGAGAAACGAAUUCGAACGCUCCUCUCUAAACAAAGAAACACUCUCGCCUCGCCGUAAUCGAAGUAACGGCGGCAUCAAUCGUCGCAUGUCUCGGGAAAGUCACCUGAACGCGGAAGGCAGGAGUGACUUUCGCAAAGAUUACGAUUACGAUUCGGGAAAAGGUGACCGAAACCGCAGACAAGAGUUUGACAAGAAAAGAAUCCACGAUAAUCUUAAAGAUGGUGUCAUUGUUGCUGAAAGUGUUGAUAAUUUGCAAGAUUUAGCUAAGUGUUGUCCUGUUGCCUGGCAGGGGGGACUGGUCCUGAAGAACAGUGCUUUUCCUACGAGGAUGCAUGUGUGUAGUGGCGAUCCUUCGUUAGUCGAUUACAUGAUGAAGGAUUUGGAAGUUCCAAUGUUGAGGAUUACACAACGAUUACGAUUAGAUCCACCAAAACUCGACGAUGUGUCGCGCAGGAUAUCUUGUGCAGGGUCUCACGGUUACUGUCUGCUUUUGACAUUUCCGGGCCCUAUCCAACCUGGUGAAGAUCAGUCUGCUGCGGUUCAAACCCGCCCCCUCAGAAACCUUGUGUCAUACCUUAAGCAAAAAGAGGCAGCUGGUGUGAUAUCGUUGCCCUGUAACAGCAAAAAAGACGGGAAGGACGCCAAUGGCGUCAUGUAUGCAUUUCCACCUUGUUCAUUCGCAUUGGAUUUGUUGCGUCGUAUCGCCCCCAAUAUUUCAUCCGACUCCUCCAAGGAGGAUCACCUCGUAGUGGUGGUAGUUAAAGGAUCAUCAUAAAAAUUAAAAAAAAAAU